AUGAAGACUUAUCGGUCCACACUGAGAACAAUGAAGCUGCUCCUUCUUCUGUUCCAGCUUGGCCUAAUUUUGAGGGCUGAUGCUCAGACACCAGACGCUUGUAUUACAAGUCCUACAAACAGAGCUCCAGACAACUCUGACAUAUUCGUUAACUGCGGCACUGAGAAUAUGGAUUUGAGCAUCUACCUUUGCCCAAUAUACAAUGCUUUUUAUAACGAGUCCCUGAUGGUCCUCAAUAAUCAGCUCACCAAUCCUAGAUGUUUUGGGACAGCUGACUUCAUUGCCGUCCCACCAAGAUUAAGAUUCAGCUUUCCCAUAAAUACAACCUCUCUAUCUUUCUGCAAUAAUAAUUUUGAGAUAACCACUCAAGUUGGGACUGGGCAGUUUUCUGACUUUUCAAAUAUCCAGUAUGUCAACAUCUCUGGCACUGUUACUUCUAUAGACCCCGCUGCGGGCACGAUCACCUACAGGCCCCAGAUCCUGUAUAAGUUCUCCUGCAAAUACCCCAUGCAAUAUCUGCUCAACAACACAAACUUGGCUGUAUCUGGUGUGACUCUGGCCAUAAAAGACAACAAUGGCACCUUUCUCAGCACACUGAGUAUGCGACUCUACAAAGAUCAACAGUACCAACAGAUCUUAACCGUCCCAGAAACAGGACUUGACUUGAAGACGAAGAUUUAUGUUUCAGUGAAAGCCACCAAUCUAACAAAGAAGUUCAAUGUGCUGCUGGACAGAUGCUUUGCAACAACAAGUCCAUAUCCCACGCAAAGCACCUCUUAUGAUCUGUUUGUGGGGUGUACACGGGAUGCACAGACCGUGGUGGAACAAAACGGAGUGUCACAUACUGCAAACUUCAACUUUGAGGCCUUCAGAUUUGUGGAGCACAAAAAUCGGACAGUUUCCACUUUCUACCUGCACUGUGUCACCAGACUCUGUGAGGCGUCCACCUGCAGCUCAUUGAUGCCUAACUGUGGCACCCCUCAAAAAAGGAGAAAGAGAGAGGUGGAGACUGUGUCGAGCAAUGCUACAAUCACCUCUCCCAUCAUAGUUGUGGGCAACCAGAAAACUGGUGUGAAAAAUGGGGGCAGCUACAGUGGGCCUCUGGUGGCUGUCAUCAUGUGUUUCGCCAUAUUUUCAGCACUGCCCUGA